UGGGUCUCUGUUUGUUUGAAUCCGCCUCUCCUCCAAGCCGGAGGGAGAAAGAGACAGGCAGCAGAAUGGAGUGUCCUUUGAGCAGAGGCCAAGAGGAACAGGUGGCCCCGAAGGCAGAGAGCAGCAAGCUCAGAGCGGCCCGAGUCCUGGGGUAAAAGAUACCUCUGGCUCCCUGCACUUAAUCCAGCUCCGUUACGCCGAGUAUAGAAGCGGGACCGCUCUCGUCCUACUUUUAAUACACCAUCGACAGCCCUUACACAACAGGGACGAAGCUCCGCUGAAUCCAAAGGAUCUUGGACUUGGAAGUGUCCCUUGGGCCCAUAACCCUGCCGAGGAGGUCCGUUCAGGAGAUCAAGCAAUGGAGACAGAUGGAGAUUCUUGCAAUGCUCAUGAUACUGGAGGAGGAGGAGAGCCCACGGCUCCGGCUUUGGUCUCCACGGAGCUGCAAGAAGAGACAAAAGGAAACAACAAAGAGACAGGAGAAGGUGAGACAAAAGGUGUCCCAGGUGAGACAAAAGCAGAGGAAGAAAGUCAGAAACACCCUGAGGCAUCAAGCCUGACUGUGGCUGGAGGAGGAGAAGCAACUCCAGGAGACGCAAAGGCAACGGAGGUGAACCAAAACCACCCUGAGUCUGGAGCAGAAGGAAACACGGGAGAUGCAAAGGCAAUGGAGGAGAACAAAGGUCUUACUAAGGAAACAAGCCAGACUGUGGAUGGAGGAGGAAGCCAAGGAGAUGCAAAGGCCGUGGAGGAGAACCAAAGCCAUCCUGUGGAAUCAAGCCAGAUAGUGACUGAAGGAACCCAAGGAGAUGUAAAAGCAACAGAGGAGAACCAAAGCCACCUUGAAGGCAGCCAACAGAAGCACCUGCACCUUCAGCCGAGCUUCAGCUGCCCAGCUACUAUGCACAGCUUGGAAGAUAUUCCCGAGGAGGCUUUGGGCACCCAAGGGGAGCAGAAGCCAAAAGAAGAACCGAAGGCUGGAGAAUCCAAGGACGUGGAGGCUCUUGUCCUGCCGCAGGAUCCGGCUGGAGGGCAACCACUUCCAGCCAAAACGGAGGCAGAAAGGACCUUGGCCCGAGAGCCUGACGCUGCCCCAGAGAAUGCUGUGGCCGAGAUCCCAGUUGGACAGGUUCCUUCCGAAAACAAGGCGGACGUGGCCACCCCGGCAGAGGUCGGCGCUCCUCCCAUCAUGCCAGCCUCUCCAACCGGACCCUACCUCACGGCGGACUUUGGCAAAGAGGACCCGACUAUGAUCUUGGAUGACACUCCUCCUCCGCCGGCACCUUUCACUCACCGCAUUGUCAAAAUGAGGACAGGAGAAUUCAAAGACACCUACAGCAUCAACACCAAGGAGAUGCUCGGAGGAGGGAAGUUUGGAGAGGUCCGUGUGUGCACAGUGAAGGAGACAGGCCUGAAGCUUGCUGUGAAAACAAUAAAGGUGAUGGGUCCAAAAGACAAGGAGAUGGUCAACGUGGAAAUCGAUGUGAUGAAUCAGCUGAACCACCGGAAUCUGAUUCAGCUCUAUGAUGCCAUCGAGACGCCGAAGACCAUCAUGCUCUUCAUGGAGUUCGUGGAAGGUGGCGAGCUCUUUGAGAGGAUCAUUGACGAGGAUUACCCACUGACGGAGGUGGACUGCAUGGUCUUUGUGCGGCAGAUCUGCGACGGCAUCCUCUUCAUGCACCAGAUGAAUGUCCUGCACCUGGACCUCAAGCCAGAGAAUAUUCUGUGUGUAACGUCCACGGGCCACAUGGUCAAGAUCAUCGAUUUUGGACUCGCCCGAAGGUACAAUCCCAAAGAGAAGCUGAAGGUCAACGUUGGCACCCCAGAGUUCCUGUCACCCGAAGUCGUCACCUAUGACCAAGUCUCCUACACCACCGACAUGUGGAGCAUGGGAGUGAUCACAUACAUGCUGCUGAGCGGACUCUCCCCCUUCUUGGGAGACAACGAUACCGAGACCCUCAACAACGUCUUGGCAGCCAACUGGUAUUUCGACGAGGAAGCCUUUGAGGGCAUCUCCGAGGAGGCGAAAGACUUUGUCUCCAAGUUGAUUAUCAAGGACAAAAGCGGGCGCAUGAAUGCAGCGCAGUGCCUUCAGCAUCCUUGGCUGAACAACUUGGGAGAAAAGGCCAGGCGCGUCAACCGGCGCCUCAAAUCCCAAGUCCUGCUCCGGAAAUACGUGAUGCGGAGGCGCUGGAAGAAAAACUUCAUUGGCGUCUGUGCUGCCAACAGGUUCAAGAAGAUCACCAGUGCGGGGUCCCUGACUGCGCUAGGGGUCUGAGCGCGAGCGUGCGUGUUGUGUGUAUGCGUGUAUGUGUGCCAGGGAUGGGGCUGGAAGUUCAGGGCGGAAUUGAGAGCAACUAAUAGAACUGCAAGGAAAACUCCUUCCUCCUCCGGCGGGAAUCAUGGACUGAAUUCUGUUGUUGUGAGGCCGUGCAGCCAAGAAAGACAGGACCCACACUGCCGAUUCCUAAGUGGGCUCUGACUUGGAACCUGGGAGAGGAUCCAUCUGUGUGUCUUGGAGGCUUCCCCCCUUGGCCACUCAACAGACCUCACAUCCCUGCGCAGCUCACCAUUGGAGACGGCUUCCUUCCUCCUUAUCUGCUGACAUGAGCCUUGCCCUCUUCCCGUUUCUGCUGCCCUCCAAGUGCUGUGCGCCUCCCGCAUCGGGACUUAUUGCUUCUGUGGAUGCUCCUACGCCACCCACAUAUACCUCACCGGGCACAUAUUGGAAUGUUUGCUGCUUCAAAGUGGCCCUGAAGAUGCCAGAAUCGCCUCUCCAACCAGCUUGUCUUUCUCACCAAUCCCAUUGCUUGUGCCUUGGCUGGCCCAUGAUCAAAGCUGGUCCCGCUGCCUCCACCUUACCCACAACAUCCUACCCAUUAGACAGAAGGUAAAACCUUACAAGAAAGACAUCAGGUAGCAAAGGACAUGUUGUUGGCUCAUCCCUAGCUUUUCCCCGGCCCUCUGCUCUUCCAAAUCUUAUGAUGCUCCUGUUGAACCAUGUUGUCCUUUCAGAGAGGUUCCCAGUGUCGUUCUGUUACCCCAUUGCAACCACAUUGGCGUUUUCCCUUCAUCAAGCUCACAUCCUGAUUCCCUGAUGCCACAGGGAGCCUUAUCUUCGCCCUCCAGUUCUGCACAUUGGCACUUUGCUUCCCCACCUACUAUUGAGAGGAUGAUUGCCCAGACUUAUCUGCCGAGGUUUUACCCUCUUGUGAAGACUGAAAAUCACUUUUCCUCUGUAAAAUGGCUUUCUUUGCUUAAAAAUUCUGAUUUUCGAAAUGAGGUCACCUCUGGGA